AAAAAUGCCUCCCGGCCUUGUAGCGGUGCCGUGGCGGGGCGUGUAGGCGUUGACAUCACUCACGGUCAUCGGCACUGCCCAUACACUCAGUCCACCCUGGCGGGGACCUCACCAAUGACCUCCAUGAAAACAGGGUCCCAGACAAGCCAGUUGGUCUGAAGGCCGUGGCGCUGACUGACCACAUCAGGGUGUGCUGGCAGCCCCCCGCACAGCACAAUGUGCUGCUGUGCGGCUACACCAUUGCCUGGGACCAAGGCGUGGCGGACAUCUACUCCAAGAUCGUGGACAGCAAGCAGCACGGUUACUUCAUUGAUAAGCUGGAACCCAACAUGGAGUUUGUGAUAAGCCUGCGAGCCUUCAACAACGUGGGUGACGGGCAACCGGUGUACCAGCAAGUCCGCACCCAGCCAGAGGAGGAGGAGGUGGUGGCACCCACGCUGGACCCGGCGGUGUGGGUGAAGGCCGUGGUGCUGACGCCCUUCACCGUGGUGCUGCAGUGGGCAGACACCAUGCUGAGCCAGAACCAGUACAACAGCUGCACCACCUUCUCGUCCUCAUCCUCCAGCCGCUACGUCAACGCCACGGAUGUGACCUGCCUCAUUGACAGCCUCAAGCCAUCAACAGUGUGUGAGUUUGCUGUGAAGACCAUCAGGGUGAGACCACAGUGCUGGAAGCCUUCGUUCUUCUAUCAGUAAAUAUUCACUCAGUCCUGCAACACUUCUCAAGGAAAUCCUGCACAGCUGAAUCCUUGCUGUGAUGAGGCACAGAGAAAUUAUGACUCAUAGGGUUUGGCGUGAGUCCCCCUAUAGCCUGGUGGCCUCCAACACCCUGCUGGUGGCCUGACCGUCCUGGCCCUCCCUGGCCAGCCGUCCACCACCACCUUCACCCGGCAGCCGCUGCAGCGGAACAAUGGGAGGAUCACAGG